AUGUCUGCAUACGAUCCAUUCAGUAUUCAUAAUGGAGGUACUCAUACUUUCAAUGGGACAGAAACUAUCAGUCGGAUGGUGGUGGAUGGAAAUUAUAUUGAUGGAUCUUGGGAAUUAUCUGUUCGCGUUGAAGACAUAAACACAAAUGUUUCAGUACGUGUUUCGGGUGAUCUGCCACUGGGUGGUUUGAUGCAUCUAAUUGUCGAAAAAGUGAAGUUACAACAAAGUUGGUCAGAUCAUGCAAUAUGGUGGGUCGAUAGAAAUGUAUGGCUUUUGCAGAGCCGGACAACAUUGGAUCAAUAUGGAAUUCAGUCGGAUGCUAGAUUGGUGUUUCAUCGUAUGCAUAACGAUGUUCAAAUAGUUUUACCCUCUUUAACUCCUCUAGUACUUCGUGUCAAUUAUGCUGCCCGGUUGUUUACUGUGGUUCGGGAUAUAUGUAAAGAACUAAACAUACGACAUUCGGAGGAGUUAUCUUUAACACUUCCUAUCACUAAAAAUAUGCUUAAAACAAAUUGCCCAUUACCGACUAUUCGUCCAGGCUUGCGACGUCCUGGUUUGCCCAAUCCAAGAAAUGAUCAAUCUUCUGUUAAAUCGAAGUUCCCUUCACCUGCGUCUUCAAUUUAUCCUACAGUUGAUGGACAAAAAAUUAAUCCGUAUAACACAUUGAAUUCAAAUGCUGGUACAAUAAUGCGAUUUAAAUCUGAUAACUCGUUAGAUCAAGAAAGACUUGAUUUCGCUCGCUAUGCUGACUGUUCAUUGAGACGUUCUGCAAAAGCAGUGUUUGCCGAUAGCUGGUUAAUGAAACCCAAGAAUUUAGUUCAAAAAGCACGGCUGAACAGUGGAUGGUUAGACUCAUCUCGGUCACUUCUAGAACAAGGGAUUAAACCAUCAUCUUUGGAACCCGAUAGUCAUAGUCCAUCUAGCCCUCCAACUUUAUAUCUGUGCUUCAAAUAUUUCACUUUCUACGAUGUGAUUUUGAAAUAUGACGCUGUUCGUAUUCAUCAGCUUUAUGAACAAGCUCGGUGGUCUCUUCUGUCUGGCCAGUUUGAUUGUACAGAGGAUGAGAUGGUUGUUUUUGCCGCCUAUCAGCUGCAAGCCGAGUUACAGUCUGCUGCUGUCAAUCAGCACUUAUGUAUCACAAACUUCCCAGAUAUGAAUAAUACAAAUCCUUAUUCAACUUUAGGUGCUUGUACAACUGUGAGUUCUAAUUAUGUAAAUCGUAGUCCAGUUCAUGCUACUUCGAGUCCCGACUUGGCAAAAAAGCACUAUCCGCUUUAUAAUAGUGGUGGGUCAGUUUCACAGUUACCUCGCAAUUUAUCUCCAAUCAGUUCAGCUUUGGUGGAUGAAAUACCGAGUAAUGUACAUAACGUAGGUGGUGUAGACGAAGUAGAUGAACUCCUGUCAGAACUGGAACAAUCGUGUGGAGUUGCCGACGAGUCUGAACCAGUAUCACGUACUCUACAAAAUGCGAUUCGACCAACUGGCCAUGAUAUGACGGAUACUUCUGAAGUACCUAGUCUUGAAGGUUCGAUUAAAGUAUUCCGAGAUCGCUCUCGCCUCCUAAAACGUUACAAAGCGUACUGGGCUGUUAUUGUAGAAGCUCGUCUGUAUUUAUUCAAAAAUAAAACACAAACAAAAGAAUGCUUAGCUGAGUAUUCACUUCGCGAUUGUACAGUCAGUUUUGAUGUGAGUGUUGCACAUCAAAAAUACAUAAUCAAACUAUCAGUUCCUUCUAUAUUGGAUCAAAAGACAAGUAAUGGUUCUCCUCUCACUCCUUCGGGUAACUCCUCUACACCUAGGGAAUUAUGCUCUACGCGAGAAGAAAUAUGGUUGAAGUUUGAUUCAGGUGAACAAUAUGCUUGUUGGUUAGCUGCAUGUCGUCUUGGUUCUAGGGGGAAAACAUUGGCAAGUAAGGUAGCCUACAGUAAAGAAGUUGAAGCUACGUUAGAAUUACUCAAACUUCAGAUGCCUGGACCAUCUCCAGCUAUGUCACUUUCAGAAUCUACAGCCUAUUUGGGUGAUUUGACAGAUUUCUGUAAUGAACGUAUUAUUCGAAAGGCACGUUCUAAAGAUACUCUAAGACAACGUAUCACUGAAGCUCAUGUAAACAUUCGUGAUCUUGGUUUAUUAGAAGCUAAAUAUAAAUAUAUUCAAACCUGGCAACGACUGACUGAAUUCGGUCGAAGUUACUUUAUUGUACAGUUUGAACGUGGGUUACUAGGAUUGCCAAAUACAAAUAGUGGAGGGUUAUUCAGUACUCCAAUGGAUGACAUUAUAGCCAUCUGUCAGGGUCGUAUUGAGGUUGUUUCUCCACAAACAGGCGAAGUUUUAUUAACUUGGAAUUUUUCUGAUCUACGUUCAUGGAAUGUUAAUUGGGAUGCUGAAAAAGUCAUUUUAGAGUUUCGCAAUUCACAGGUAACAUUUCGACCAUUGUCGACCAACUGUAAGACAAUCGUGGAAUUUAUUGGUGGGUACGUAUUUCUUAG